UGAGCUAGUCCCACCUGCCCACGUUUGUCCCAUAUCCCUCUAAGCCUGUCCUAUCCGUGUACCUGUCCACAUGUCUUUUAAUUGCUAUUUUAUCCUCUAAAUGUUUCCUCUCCAUGAUGUGGUGACGGGGGUGAAUAUCAAUGGCACAUGAGGUGGUGUCUCUCUGUAGCAGGAGGCCGUGCAGCCGGGCCAGGCCGAGCGUGUGGGGGAAGUGAAGAUGGAGGAGUCACCAACCCAGCCGGCGUUGGCGGUGGCGAUUGGUGCCGGGAGCCCGUCACGAGGAGUGGAGCGCAUGGAGCAGCAGGACAGGCUGCAGGGGAGCUCUGGAUCACCCACCCUGGAAGUGCCACCUGAGGUAUGGAUCGGCCAGGAGCUGAGAAGAAUUGGCGAUGAGUUCAACUCGCACUACCACACGGGAAGGGCCCACAACCAGGGCUGGAGACUCUGGUACUGGCUCAUCGUACUGCUGAGGCGAAUGAUUGAUGGCGUAUGAUCAAACUGAUCCUUCUGUCCUACUCUGGAGAAGAUUCCCAGCCAACAUGUAGCUUUCCAACUCCAACCCAGACAGGCGCCAGCGUGAAGAAGGGUCUCGACCCCAAACAUCACCCACUCCUUCUCUCCAGAGAUGCUGCCUGACCCGCUGAGUUACUCCAGCACUCUGUGAAACGUCACCUAUCCAUGUUCUCCACAGAU